UGCUCCCCCUCCCUCCUUCCUUUUCUUUCUUUCUUUCUCCGCUUCUCGCUCUCUUUCUUUGCCUCGGCAGCUGGCCGAGGGGGCGGUCCUUGCAGUCUUUGUUGCCGGAGGAGCGAGUGCAGCUGCCAGCCGGCCAGAGUCGGGACCUGGACCUUGGGAGCUGCAUGCGGCCAGGCGGUCCUGAGUCGGACCCCGGCCCCGGCUAGGACGCAAAGGCGACAGACGAAGGCGUGCGCUAGGGGUCGUCCCGCGGCCACCCCACUCUGGCUGGCCAUGCGCGGUGGUACGAGUCUCCUCUUGAUCCUGUGCGCUCUGGCGUCCGACGUCCCGGGACCUGCAUCAGGUCUUGCAACCAAAGGCCGGUCGGCUUUGGAUAUCGUGCACCCAGUGCGGGUGGAUGCUGGAGGCUCCUUCCUGUCCUAUGAGCUGUGGCCACGGGUACUGCGCAAGCGAGAUGUGUCUGCCACCCAGGCCUCCUCCGCUCUCUACCAGCUGCAGUACCAAGGGCGGGAGCUGCUCUUCAACUUGACCACCAACCCUUAUCUCCUGGCACCCGGCUUUGUGAGCGAGAUCCGGCGUCGCAGCAGCCUAGGACACAUGCACAUCCGGACCCGUGUCCCCACCUGCCAUUUGCUUGGUGACGUGCAGGACCCAGAGCUGGAAGGCGGCUUUGCAGCCAUCAGCGCCUGUGAUGGCCUAAGAGGUGUGUUCCAGCUCUCCAAUGAGGACUACUUCAUUGAGCCUCUGGAUGGAGUUCCAGCUCAGACUGGACAUGCCCAGCCCCACGUGAUCUACAAGCACCAAGGCUCUGAGCAGCGGACCCAGCAGGAUGACUCAAGGGCUCCAGGCACCUGUGGGGUGCAAGUGUCCCCAGAGCUGGAGCGUCGGCGAGAGCGCUGGGAACAACGGCAGCAGAAGCGGAGGCAGCAGCGGUCAGUCAGCAAAGAGAAGUGGGUGGAGACCCUGGUGGUGGCCGAUGCCAAGAUGGUAGAGUACCACGGGCAGCCACAGGUGGAGAGCUAUGUGCUGACGAUCAUGAACAUGGUGGCUGGACUGUUUCACGACCCCAGCAUCGGGAACCCCAUUCACAUCACCAUUGUGCGCCUUAUCCUGCUGGAAGACGAGGAGAAUGACUUAAAGAUCACGCACCAUGCAGACAACACUCUGAGGAGCUUCUGCAAGUGGCAGAAGAGCAUCAACACCAAGGGGGACGCCCACCCGCAGCACCAUGACACGGCCAUCCUGCUCACCAGGAAGGAUUUGUGUGCAGCCAUGAACCACCCCUGUGAAACCCUGGGCCUGUCUCACGUGGCUGGCAUGUGCCACCCUCACCUGAGCUGCAGUGUCAGUGAGGACACGGGCCUGCCACUGGCCUUCACUGUGGCCCACGAGCUAGGACACAGUUUUGGCAUUCAGCAUGACGGCAACGGCAAUGACUGUGAGUCCAUUGGGAAACGGCCUUUCAUCAUGUCUCCACAGCUCCUGUAUGACGGAGGCAUUCCGCUCACCUGGUCCCGCUGCAGCCGCGAGUACAUCACCAGGUUCCUCGACCGUGGGUGGGGCCUGUGCUUGGAUGACCCUCCAGCCAAGGAUGUCAUUGACUUCCCCUCGGUGCUGCCCGGUGUCCUGUAUGAUGUGAACCACCAGUGCCGCCUUCAGUAUGGGGCUUACUCAGUCUUCUGUGAGGACAUGGACAACGUCUGCCACACGCUGUGGUGCUCUGUGGGGACCACCUGUCACUCCAAGCUGGAUGCAGCUGUGGAUGGUACAAGAUGUGGGAAUAACAAGUGGUGUCUCAAUGGAGAGUGCGUCCCUGAGGGCUUCCAGCCCGAGGCGGUGGACGGUGGCUGGUCCGGCUGGAGUGCCUGGUCUGUCUGCUCGAGGAGCUGUGGCGUGGGUGUACGGAGUGCUGAACGACAGUGCACACAGCCUGUGCCCAAGCACAGAGGCAAGUACUGUGUGGGGGAGCGGAAGCGGUUCCGGCUCUGCAACCUGCCCGCCUGCCCUGCUGGCCGCCCCUCUUUCCGCCAAACCCAGUGUAGCCACUUUGAUGCCAUGCUCUACAAGGGCCAACUGCACACAUGGGUGCCUGUGGUCAACGAUGAGAACCCCUGUGAGCUGCACUGCCGGCCCUCCAAACACUCCAAUACAGAGAAGCUCAGGGAUGCUGUGGUGGAUGGCACCCCUUGCUACCAAGGUCGGGUCAGCCGUGACAUCUGCAUCAAUGGCAUCUGUAAGAAUGUGGGCUGCGACUUUGAGAUUGACUCUGGUGCCAUGGAGGACCGCUGUGGUGUAUGCCAGGGCAAUGGCUCUACUUGCCACACCGUGAGCAGGACCUUCGAGGAGGCUGAGGGCCUGGGGUACGUGGAUAUAGGGCUGAUCCCAGCCGGAGCCCGAGAGAUCCUCAUUAAGGAGGUGGCUGAGGCUGCCAACUUCCUGGCCCUGCGGAGUGAGGACCCAGAUAAGUACUUCCUCAAUGGCGGCUGGACCAUCCAGUGGAAUGGGGACUACCAGGUGGCGGGGACUACAUUCACCUAUGCACGUACAGGCAACUGGGAGAACCUCACAUCCCCAGGCCCCACCAGUGAGCCUGUCUGGAUCCAGCUGCUGUUCCAGGAGAGCAACCCUGGGGUGCACUACGAGUAUACCAUCCACAGGGACGAAGUCCAGCCACCCGAGUUCUCUUGGCACUAUGGGCCCUGGAGCAAGUGCACUGUCACUUGUGGCACAGGUGUGCAGAGGCAGAGCUUGUAUUGCAUGGAGAGGCAGGCUGGACUUGUGGAUGAGGGACACUGUGAACAUCUGAACCGGCCCGAUGACCGCCAGAGGAAGUGCAGUGAGGAGCCCUGUCCCGCCAGGUGGUGGGCAGGGGAGUGGCAGCUGUGUUCCCGAUCCUGUGGACCUGGAGGUGUUUCUCGCCGGGCUGUGCUCUGCAUACGCAGUGUAGGGCUGGAUGAGCAGCGAGCCUUGGGACCACCUGCCUGUGAACAUCUUCCUCGUCCCAUGGCUGAAACGCCAUGCAACCAGCAUGUGACCUGUCCUGCCACCUGGGGUGUGGGGAACUGGUCCCAGUGCUCUGUGACAUGUGGAGCCGGCAUCCGGCAACGAAGUGUCCUCUGCAUCAAUAAUACCGAGGUCCCCUGCGACGAAGCUGAGCGACCAGUGACUGAGGCCGCUUGUCUUCUGCCUCCCUGCCCAUGCCCCAUGUACAUGACUGGCAUAGACGGCUCUGGCAGUGGUUCCUCCAGUCCUGAGCUCUUCAAUGAGGUUGACUUCAUCCCACACCGGCCGGCCCCACGCCCUUCACCGGCAUCCUCACCCAGGCCAGUCAGCAUCAGCAACGCCAUUGAUGAGGAGGAUCUGGAACUGGAUCCGCCGGGGCCUGUGUUUGUGGAUGACUUCUAUUAUGACUACAAUUUCAUUAACUUCCAUGAAGACCUGUCUUAUGGGCCCUUUGAGGAACCCCAUCCAGACCCGGCUGAUACAGGGGGUUGGACGGCACCACCCCACAUCAGACCCACUGAACCUACCUCAGAUACUCCAGUGCCUACUGCCGGGACUUCCGGAGUUAAGGAAGAGGGGGUCCGGGGAGCUUGGUCCCCUAGCCCUUCACUCGGCCAGGCUAGCCAUUCCCCACCUAUAUUCUUAGAGCAGACCCCUGUGAAUCCCUUGGCCAAUUUCUUGUCUGAGGAAGAUACUCCCAUGGAGGCCCCCGAAGUUGGGCUCCCCAGCUUGCUCUGGCCCCCUGCUUCAGCUGAUGACAUGGUGACACCUGUUGCCCCUGGAAACCCUGAUGAGUUACUAGUGAGGGAAGACAGGCAGGGCCAGCCACCCACUCCAUGGUCUGACCAGAACAAAGUUUCCAAAGAUGAGAACACCUUGGGUCAUACGUCACCAGCUCUGUCCCAAAGCCCUAUCCCCACACAGCCCUCUUCACCCUCCAUCAGUACUACUCAAGCCUCUCCUGGUCCUGGUCUGGUGGAGGUGUGGACAGGAGGGCCUGUGGUCUGGGACCCAGUGUUGGAGGAUGACCUAAAGCCUGUGCAUGGUGAGCUGUGGCCCAGUGUAGAGGUGGCUCCUCCUCUCCUUCCUCCCGUGGCCACUGUGCCAGGCAUCUGGGACAGGGGCAGCCCCCUGGAGCCAGGGAUUCCAACCCCAGGACCGGGCUCACAGAACCUGAAAACUCUGGCAUUUCCAGGGACCUUCCUUGUGACAGCACCAACUGAUCUAAGGAGCGUGGGACCGAUGGACCAGCCACAGCCUCCUCACCUUGAAGGGACCCUCAGCCCUCUGCUGCAGCCUAAACCAGCUCAGGAGACUCAUGCUAACAGCAGUGAGGACCCUGAGGUCCAGCCUUUGCAGCCCAGCCUAGUGGAGGAUGGCUCCCCUACAGAUCCACUGCUUGCCAAGAAUGCCAGUUGGCAAGUGGGCAACUGGAGCCAGUGUUCCACCACUUGUGGUCUGGGCGCCAUCUGGAGGCUGGUGCGCUGCAGCUCUGGCCGUGAUGAGGACUGCACCCUUUCUAGCCGGCCCCAGCCAGCUCGCCAUUGUCACCUGAGGCCCUGUGCUGCCUGGCGCAUGGGCAACUGGAGUAAGUGCUCUCGCAACUGUGGUGGAGGUUCCUCCACAAGGGAUGUACAGUGUGUGGACAAGCGGGACCUCCGGCCGCUGCGGCCCUUCCACUGCCAGCCUGGGCCUACCAAGCCACCCACCCGUCAGCUUUGUGGGACCCAGCCCUGCCUCAGCUGGUAUACCUCUUCCUGGAGAGAGUGUUCCGAGGCCUGUGGCGGUGGCGAACAGCAGCGUCUGGUGACAUGCCCAGAGCCAGGCCUCUGUGAGGAGUCGCUGAGACCCAACAGCACCAGGCCCUGCAACACCCACCCAUGCACGCAGUGGGUGGUGGGGCCCUGGGGUCAGUGCUCAGCCCCCUGCGGAGGUGGAGUUCAGCGUCGUUUGGUCAAGUGUGUGAACACUCAGACAGGCUUGGCAGAGGAAGACAGUGACCAGUGUGGCCACGAGGCCUGGCCUGAGAGCUCACGGCCAUGUGCCACUGAGGACUGUGAGCUGGUUGAGCCCCCACUUCCCACAGUGAGGCGAGGAUGGCCUUGGGCUCUGGGCACUGCCUAUUCCUCAGAGGAUAACUGCCUGCAGUGAGCAGUGGAGCCCCAGGAAAGACUCCCUCCCAGGGUCCUGCUGCUGCUGCUGCUGCUGCUGCCGCCGCCGCCGCUGCUGCUGCCGCCGCCUAUGGGCUUCCUGGCCAGCUGGGCCAGUAUGGAGCAAAGGUCUGAGCCAGAGGUGGCUCUGAAAACCACCUCCUUCCUGAGGCUCCAGCUGUCCCCAGCAGUGAGAAACACAGGAAACAGUAUGGCUCUUGAGUCACAUCUGGGCACCCAUUCACCAGCUGCGUAGUCUUGGGCUCUAUUUCCCUAUCUGGAUUGUCAUUUCCUCUUGCAUAAAGGGGCUGGCAACCCUUAUUUGGUAUUGGUGGGGUCUGAGGGUGAAGGGCUCAGUACUGCCAGGGCCCCUGCUUAGCACAGGCUAGGCCAUUUUACCCUCCCCCCUUCCAGCAGCCAUUAUUGUCCUCCAUACAAAGGCAGGGGAGUCUGAGGCCACCUCUGACACUUGAGGGAACCCAGGAGCUUGGCAUUUACCUACGGGGUUGCCGCACCUAUCCCCAGGACAGUUGGUGGGUGUCGGCCCUCAUCUGCCUCUCCCUGCUCUGCACAGCCUUCACUACCAGCAGCUGGCUCCCGUGGUACAGGCUCAGGACCCGAGUAGUUACUGCUGUGCCAUUCUGUCCUGAAUCCCAUUGCCUCAAGGUGCUGAGGAAAUGCUAGCCUGGGUUUGUCAAGCCAUCCCUGCUUGUCUUGCUCUCAUCAAUUCCCCGGAUCUAUCCCUCUGAGACACUUCAGCACAGCUAUGCUGGGUGCUGUACCACAGUGCUUGCCUUCGGGGCUGACGGUGCCCAUGGCUCUUCUGUGUCUCGUGCCACGCUCAGGGGUGGCAGGGACUAUGGUCCCAGAUGGUGCAGAGUAGGAACCGAAGCUCUACCAGAAAUAGUGUGGCUUAGCAGACUGUGGCCUUGGAAGGUCUCCCAGGGGGAUGGUGAGGGUGGGCUCAGCAGGGACCCGUGGAGGUCGCUAGGCUGCUACACAAUGCUCACCCACAUGAAGAAUUUCUUGCCCCUAGUGAAGGGAGCCAAUCAAGGAAGCAUCUUGGAUCCCAAGCUCCUGGCUGGAGCUUCCAGGAUGUUUUGAUGGCUUGUGGGAUUGUAUGACAGGACAUUUGGAAAUUCUGGAAACUCCAGGGUGUGUGAUCACCGUGGCAAAACAGCUGACAUGCCUAGUCAUGUGGCCUUCCCCAUGGAGGUGGGGGCUGUUAUCAAGAGGAAACCUUCCCCCAAGUGGUUAGGCCUGCCUGAGGUCGUUCAGGGGAACUAGUGUGCAGGCUGAUGGAGUUUGCAAUUGCUGCCUGAAAGGUAGGGUGGGGAGCCUUUCUGUUGCCCUCUGCCACACCUGGGGAUGUCCCAGACCAGGGCUCAGCUGUUCGCCUGUUCUUCCUCCCCAGGGAGUCUGCUGAAGUAAGCAGGGGUCUGGGCAGCUGUGGCUUCAGCAGCAGCAGCAGCAACAGCAAGGCAGUAGCACUGGGAGAGAAGCCAAGGGUCUGGAAGCAAGCCACUUCCCAAAAUAGCUUUCCCAGGAGAGCCAGCCAAGCCUCAGCUCCUGACAGUCAGGGCUUGAAGAGUCACCCUCUCCUGUGCCGUCACCAGAGGUUACACCCAGCCUUAGGUGCCUACUGAUGACCUUUGUGGCCCUGGCCCAGUCCCAUUUUCUGAACUUCAUGACCCAACAAAAUGGGUGGCUAUCCUGCCACACAAAAGUUGAGGAUGAAUACGGCCCACAUUGGGGGGGGGCGGAGCAGCGGGGGGCAGGGUGGUGUGGUGCAGUGGUAGCCACAGAGGCAUGUGGCACUCUACAGAAGGUGGCAGGGAGGUGGAGUGGAUGCAUAUUGGCACAGGUGCAUGAGAUAAAGUUGUGGGCCUGGUCCUGUCGGGUACCAUGAUUGAGCAGGGAUGAAGAUGGUACUCGAAGGCUUGCAUCACUCCUGGGCAGGCUCCUGGGCAUCUCAUGGCCUCCCGAGGUGCUCAAGGAUGGGGUCUCGGAACCUUUCUUCCAGAAAGUUAAGUCCAACGGUGUCAGUAGUCCAAGGGCAGGUGAGGCGGGGACAAUAGCUAAGGACUUGGGGUUCUGAUUCUGGGGACCUCCUUCAGAAACUGGGUCUCCUGCCGGCUGCUAGUCUUCUUAAGGCGAAGGGGUGUUUAUUUGGGUUCACAAUAUAUCACCACUUCUUCUUGAGGUGAGGGGGGUCUUUCAGCUCAAUUUACUGGGUGAUGAAGUGUGGUUCUGGGUGUCAUGCCCACUGAUUUCUAACCAUCUCCCCGCACCCCUUCUCAUCUCUUCCCAUUCCCAGGUUGCGAGCGGGAUCGCCUGUCCUUUGGUUUCUGUGAGACAUUGCGCCUGCUGGGCCGCUGCCAGCUGCCCACCAUCCGUGCUCAGUGCUGCCGCUCAUGUCCCCCACUCAGCCGUGGUGUCCCUUCCCGGGGCCAUCAGCG